UUUUCACUUUCUUAACUGACUUAACCGACUGACUCAAAUUUCGAUUUGUCCAUUGCCUUUUCUACUAGUCCCCUCUCGAAAAUUCUCCAUAGCCGGUUUGCAUUCUUUAUAUAUGUCUCAGCCUUGCACUUUCCAAAUCAAACUGAAAGCAAAACAGAAAAAGAAACUACUCUCAAGCUAAACCAAACAAGCUUUCUUGAUUCUUUGAUCUUUAUCAUCCUUCUUUCUUUCUUUCUUUCUUUGUGAUCGUUUGUCUGUUGAUUUCUUGUUAAAGAUUUUCUUCAAUGGCACCAAAAACUGAAGGUAAGGCCAUUGGCAUUGAUCUUGGUACUACUUACAGCUGUGUCGGUGUCUGGCAAAAUGACCGUGUGGAGAUCAUUGCAAAUGACCAAGGCAACAGAACUACUCCUUCUUAUGUUGCUUUUACGGACACAGAACGUCUGAUUGGCGACGCAGCAAAGAACCAAGUUGCUAUGAAUCCUCAAAACACAGUCUUUGAUGCAAAACGACUUAUUGGUCGUCGUUUCUCUGACCCAUCUGUUCAAAGCGACAUGAAGCACUGGCCGUUCAAGGUUGUUCCUGGUCCUGGGGAUAAGCCCAUGAUAGUUGUGCAAUAUAAAGGAGAAGAGAAGCAAUUUGCACCAGAGGAAAUUUCUUCUAUGGUGUUAACGAAGAUGAAGGAGAUAGCAGAGGCUUAUUUGGGUCAAACGAUCAAAAAUGCUGUUGUUACUGUUCCUGCUUAUUUCAAUGACUCGCAGAGGCAAGCUACGAAGGAUGCAGGCGCUAUUGCUGGUCUUAAUGUCAUGAGAAUUAUUAAUGAGCCAACUGCUGCUGCCAUUGCUUAUGGUUUGGACAAGAAAGGGUCGAGAUCUGGCGAAAAGAAUGUGCUGAUCUUUGAUCUUGGUGGAGGAACUUUUGAUGUUUCUUUGUUGACAAUUGAAGAGGGUAUCUUUGAAGUUAAAGCUACUGCUGGGGAUACUCAUCUUGGUGGAGAGGACUUUGAUAAUAGACUUGUUAACCAUUUUGUUGCAGAGUUUAAGAGAAAGCAUAAGAAAGAUAUAAGUACUAAUGCCAGAGCCUUAAGAAGGUUGAGAACUGCUUGCGAGAGGGCGAAAAGGACUCUUUCUUCUACUACUCAGACUACUAUUGAAAUUGAUUCUCUUUAUGAAGGUAUUGACUUCUAUUCUACUAUUACUAGAGCAAGAUUUGAGGAAUUGAACAUGGACUUGUUCAGAAAAUGCAUGGAGCCAGUAGAAAAAUGCCUUCGCGAUUCAAAGAUUGACAAGAGUCAAGUUCAUGAUGUUGUUCUUGUUGGUGGCUCAACAAGAAUUCCUAAAGUUCAACAACUUUUGCAAGAUUUCUUUAAUGGCAAAGAACUUUGCAAGAGUAUAAACCCUGAUGAGGCUGUGGCGUAUGGAGCUGCUGUUCAAGCCGCGAUUUUAAGUGGCGAAGGGGACGAGAAGGUUCAAGAUUUGCUUCUUUUAGAUGUCACUCCUCUUAGUCUUGGAAUUGAAACUGCUGGUGGUGUAAUGACAGUCUUGAUUCCAAGAAACACAACAAUUCCCACCAAGAAAGAGCAGAUAUUCUCUACUUAUUCUGAUAAUCAACCGGGAGUACUUAUUCAAGUUUAUGAAGGAGAAAGAGCAAGAACCAAAGAUAAUAAUCUUCUUGGCAAAUUUGAGCUUACUGGCAUUCCUCCAGCCCCAAGAGGAGUUCCUCAGAUAAAUGUUUGCUUCGAUAUUGAUGCAAAUGGAAUCUUGAAUGUCUCGGCGGAGGAUAAGACUGCAGGAGUGAAGAACAAGAUUACAAUUACUAAUGACAAGGGAAGACUGAGCAAGGAAGAGAUUGAAAGAAUGGUGCAAGAAGCAGAGAAGUAUAAAGCAGAGGACGAAGAAGUGAAGAAGAAGGUUGAAGCCAAGAAUGCUUUAGAGAAUUAUGCUUAUAAUAUGAGAAAUACUGUGAAAGAUGAGAAGUUCGCUGGAAAAUUGGAUCCGGCUGAUAAGCAGAAGAUUGAGAAAGCAAUUGAUGAAGCUAUUGAUUGGUUGGAAAGGAAUCAAUUAGCAGAGGUGGAGGAACUUGAAGACAAGUUGAAGGAACUAGAGGGAUUGUGCAAUCCUAUUAUUGCAAAGAUGUAUCAAGGCGGUGGUGCUGGUGGUGAAAUGCCAAUGGGUGGUGGCGAAAUGCCUAAUGGUGGCUCCGCGGGUUCUGGUGCCGGACCUAAAAUUGAAGAAGUUGAUUGAAGAAUGAGUUUGGCCAAUUCGUGUGUUCUGCUUUUGAGCUCUGUUUUUGUCCCCUGUUUUUAUGUGUUUCUGAAAAAUUAUAUAGUAGGUUUUAAGGCCGAUGGUUGAGGAAACCAAUAUGUUGCAUGUAUGUGAAUUUUCCCUUGUUAUAAUAAAAGAACAAUACGUUUGAAGUGAAUUUAA